CUCACCUCCAAAGCCAAAAAACGCAAUAAUGGCAGCUGCAGCGAAGAGCCUGCUUAUUGGAGCGAUUGACCAGGGCACGUCGUCGACGCGGUUCAUUGUGUUUGACCUGGCCACCAGCCGCGUCAUUGCGCAGAGCCAAGUGCUGUUUGACACUUUGACCCGUCCGGGCGGAUGGUCUGAACUCAACCCCAUGGCCAUCCUGGACACGGUCAGGACGUGCAUGGCCGAGACAGCGACCCAACUCGAGAAACGCGGGUUCUCGCCCAAAAGCGUUCAAGCAAUUGGCGUGACCAAUCAACGCGAGUCCACUGUGGUGUGGGACCGCGUCAACGGCCAGCCGCUCUACAAUGCAAUCUUGUGGCUCGACUCGCGUACAACGAGCACAGUCGAGAGGCUCAUCCAGGCCACUCCAAGCAAGAGCAAAGAUCAUUUCCGCGCCAAAGCUGGUCUGCCGCUGGCAUCGUACUUUAGCGCAGUCAAGCUCCGCUGGCUCAUUGACAACGAGCCCCCAAUCAGGCAGGCCAUCGAAGCUGGUCGUUGCAUGUUCGGCACGGUUGAUUCCUGGCUGCUCUGGAAUCUCACUGGAGGCGUCAAGGGCGGCCAGCACGUUACGGAUGUCACCAACGCCAGCCGCACGAUGCUGAUGAAUCUCCACUCCAUGCAGUGGGACGACGAACUCUGCGCCUUUUUCGGCGUUCCCAAAUCGAUCCUCCCAAAGAUAUGCAGCUCUGCAGAAGUUUACGGCAAGAUAGCCGAGGGCCAGUAUCAAGGCAUCUCGCUUUCAGGAUGCCUCGGAGAUCAGCAAGCUGCGCUUGUUGGUCAACAGUGUUUUUCGCCCGGAGAAGCCAAAAACACAUAUGGAACGGGCUGCUUCAUGCUGUACAACACUGGCACAACGCCCGUUCAGUCAAAGUCGGGUUUGCUGACGACGGUGGCGUACAAAUUCGGCGAACAGCCUGCAGCGUAUGCUCUUGAAGGUUCCAUCUCCAUUGCUGGCGCGGCCGUCAACUGGCUGCGCGAUAAGAUGAAGAUCAUCACCAAGUCUGACCAGAUGUCUGCGUUGGCCGCCGAAGUCCCGGACACGGAUCACGUGUACUUUGUUCCUGCCUUCAGCGGACUCUAUGCCCCUCACUGGCGCGAGGAUGCCCGAGGUGUGAUUGUGGGCAUUACGGCCAAUACCAAUCGCGCCCACCUUGCUCGAGCAACCUUGGAGGCUGUGUGCUUCCAGACUCGAGAGAUCUUGCUGGCCAUGACACGCGACUGCGGAUGCCCACUCUUGUCCCUUCGCGUCGACGGUGGCAUGACGAAAAACGACGUCCUCAUGCAGACCCAAGCUGACUUGCUCGGUAUUUCAGUCGUGCGCCCCGCCAUGGCGGAAACCACCGCUCUUGGCGCAGCCAUCGCUGCUGCCGUUGGCAUUGGAGCUUGGGAUCCUGCUACCAACCAAAUCCAGCAAGAAAAGACCAUCUUCCACGACACGAUCGACCAAGCCGAUCGUGACAGGCGCUUCAAGCGUUGGCACGAGGCCGUGGAUCGAUCGGUCGGCUGGCAUGUUCCCGAAGGCACCGCCACCCCGGGCGGCAUUGAUCGCUCUGUCGAUUCGACCCAACCUACUCUCCGAGAGAAAAUUGAACUGUACUCGGCGAUCGCCAUUCCCGUCGCAAUCAGCUCCGCCGUUGCCACUGUUGUGGUGAUGAAGCUGCUUUCCAAGCUUUAAGUGUGUAUGCGUUUUGAUCCAUGGUUUUUUUUUGUAGGCAAGCAAAUUCGUCUGUUUGAUUGAGCUGAGUGUUUUCGAGGUUGAGAAUGCUUUACAAGUCUCGAAACUCGAGACAUUGAUCACUAG